UAGGACGCUCUUUUCUCCUCCUUCACAAAGCAAAGCACACCCACACAGUAAGAAAGAAGGCUAUGGCGCCCAAAGCCCCCUCUCACUCUCGUCAGCCCACCAAAGAGAAAGAAGAGAAGGAAGAACCCUCUUCGGAGGAGGAGGAAUCAGACCCUUCUGAAGAAGAAAAGGGAAACUUUUCGGAUGAAGAAGAGGAAGAAGGGUCAUCUGACGAUGAAGGAGAAGAUCAGGAAAAGGUGAAAAGUAAUACAACUACAAUCUCAGUUGCCAAAUUUGGUUCGAAAUCAAUUGUUCAAGAAAAUGGGUCGGAUUCUGACCCUGAUUCGGAAGGAUCCCCUUCUGAUUACAAGCUGCAGCCCAUCGCUAAGUCAUCUGUGGUCUCAGCAAAGCGCGCCCAUGAAGAAGGUGAUAGCGAUCAACAGUCUUUGAGAAGCGGCAAAAAGUCAAGAACUGGAGAGAAACAAUCCUCUGCCACCCCUGGUGGAGGGGUUGGGUGUAUCACCAGGCUCUGGAGUAAUGAGGAUGAGAUUGCUUUGCUGAAUGGAAUGAUUGAUUUCACGAAUGUAAAAGGGCUGGACCCGAAUGCGGAUAUGGGGGCUUUUUACGAUUUCGUUAAGGGAAAAUUGCAGGUGGAUUUCGCAAGGGAUCAGCUGAGAACUAAGAUUAGUAGGAUGAAGAAGAGGUUCUUGAAUGCUUUGAAGAAAGGUGGGAAUGGGUUGGACCCUGUGUUUUCCAAGCCACAUGAGGAUAUGACAUUUGAACUCUCCAAGAAAAUCUGGGAUUUUGCUGUUGGAAAUAGUGAAGGAGGUAAGAAAGGUGAUAAUGCAAAGAAAGGUAUUCUGAAGGCAGAAAAGAUUGGGGUGGACGAGAAAGAGAUUGCAAAUAAGGAAAAGGAAGGUGGAGAGCAGGAUUUUUGGUCCAAGUACCGAUAUGUAAAUGAGUCAUUUCAUAAUAUUGAGGGGAACUUUCCCUCUUUGGCGAUGUCCGAGGCUGGGAUGAGUUUUGUGAGGGAAAGGUUGAGUUUGAUUGGGAGCGUGAAGGCCAAGGAAUUGGAUGACAAAUGGAAGCAAUUGAUUGCGGCCGAGGCUGAGCUAAAUUACAAGAUGUUAGCUUUGAUGACAGAACAAGUAAAGAUGGCUUUCGGUCAGUAAAUAGGGGUAUAAUUUUGUAGUCACAAGUUCAUAUUUUUCUUGAUCCAUAUGAGUUAAGUUGUGGGCUGCAUCUUUCUUUUCGUUAGGGUAAUGGAGCUUUUAAGAUUCUGUCCAACUGGAUGCUAUGUUCGUAGUCUAGCAAUCUUUGUUUUGGUGAUGAGUUCAGUUUUUUAAAUAUAAAAAUUGUUGAGACGUGUUA